UUUUUUUUUAUUUUAUUUUUUUCUUGCCGGACGGCGAGCGGCACGGGAGAAACAGCGAGCAGCUGUGAUGCCAAGAUCGCACGCUCUCGUCCACUCGCAGCCGCUGUGGCACCAGCCGGUAUUGCUUUUUGAUCCCUUUUGCGGUCCCCAGAGAUGGCACGGCAACCAAAACCCUCCCAGCAUUGGAGGGCCCAGGAGUAAGGCUUGGCGUGGAGAAGGCAUCUUGUCGUUCUCUCGCUGCUCCUGGUUUGGAUCAAUCGUUCCGGCAUCUCGAUUAUCGACGCCAGCGUGCAAGAUCCUGCAGACGCUGGAGGCCGGAGCAGGGGCCGUCCAAGCGUGUUCCUGCAGAAACCCACGUAUCCGGAUCUUCACGGUGGCGUCCCAUUCAGCUCGCCCGCGCUUGUUUGCGCCGUCAUCCCCAAUAAUCAUCCCUUGACAAUCUUGCUGCGUUCCCCUGAGAGAACAAGAGCCUGCUGUCCACACAAGCGCACUCCCAGCUCGAGCAAGCGACCCCACGCUACUAAGUUAUACUGCAGCCGAAACAAGAACGCAUUGCUUCUUUCGCGAUCUGGGGAGAUCAAGAUCCUAAAUUUCCUGUCUCACUUUUCUCUCCGCAGCCACUCGAGCGCUGCUGCAUUUAUUCCUCCGUCCGUUUCGCCGGUCGCCCUGCCUUGCGUUGCGGCUUCGACGGCCUCGACGCGCUGUCUUUUGCUUGCCCAAAGAUCGCCGCACAGGACCGCCAACCGCUGAUUCUCCUUGCACACCAUCUCCAUCCGGCUCGCAGCAGAAAAGCUUGCGGGGCGAGGAAACAGGAACCUUGGAUCAGGGUCAUGCACUCUUAUCACCUGCAGCGUUGACACUUGUGUGCCUGGCGCCUGGCACGAUCGUGAAGGUUGCCCAUCGCGGAUCUGGCUAGGACGCUGCUGGAUUUGGGCACGCUAGAGCUGGUCGCCCGAGCCGCCCCCUGGUCCACCGGACUGCAUCCAUCUGCUAGCAUCAAAGAACGGCAACGCAUAUAGCCAGCCACGACCCGGACCACCCCGUCGUCCGUUCUUUUAUCCCGACAGGAUUUGUCUCCUCAGUGACCGCACCUCUCACGAACGCUCUCCCCCAAGGAGCGACAGCCUGGCACAAUGGGAAGAGCUUCCAAGCUGUUUCCGCUGGCUGGACGCAAGGCUUCAACCGCCUCGCAGUCAAGCGCGACUGAUCUGAGGGUAAACCAGCCGCAAUUGAGCAAGGCGGAACGACUCCUGGGUACUGCCGGUCUUCAGGAGGCAACACGGGAUCACAUUCCGCGACGGUCGAGCUACAGGAGUCUCAAUCCGUCCCUGUCAGAGCUAGGAGAAGACGUCGACUAUGACGACUUUUCAAAUCCGGAUCAUUUUGGCCUUGAUCCGUUACCGUUAAGACUGGCCGAUCUGCGCAACAAUCAUUCUCCAGGAGCAGGCUCGCAGCGACUCUCAUCGAGCGCAUCGUACUCGAGAUCUGCGGCUAGCACCAGCAGCCGGCGCGUCAAGGGCUCAUGGUCUUCGUCUACUUUGAAGUCCCAUUACGACGCAGCCAACGUGCACCCCAGUAUCUCGCAGCAGACUUCGAAUUCUUCCGUUCGCGACAGAGCAUUGAGACGAGACAUGUCGCCCGUGUUUGAAUCAGCUGUGCACGAUCGUAGACGGCCAAGCACAGCAAGCGCUGCCUCAAGCGCGUUUGAGAACAGAGACAGCAUGGACCGCGCGACAGCUUUGCCAGACAUCACUCGUCUUCAUUCCAAAUCAAGCUUCAUUCACCAAUCGGGCCAAUCGAAAACUAGGACCAUGAAUCCACGUCUCUCAACCCACUCUCUGACAGCUUCUCCACGUUUCCCGGGCGCUGCACCUUCAUCUAGACCAAACACAAGUAAUGGCACUGGGUCCCUCCGAAAAGCGGCUGGAACUGCCGGUAGAACUUUGAAGGUCCGCUUGUCCGUGGACGCUUUCCCAAACUCGAUCAAGCGCUUUUCAAGGCGACAGCAUACAUCAGCACUGAGCGAGCAAAAGCCAAGUGGGAUCUCGGGAAGAAAUGCCCCAAAGAACUGGUGGGAUAAUUUCCCAGUCGGAGUCGAUACAAGUGACGCGGAGAGUGAACACGACCCUAAUUUGGUUACUCCAACUGAGCAUUUGUUUCCGCCGGCUGCACGAAACACACCGAGCCCAUGCCGAUCUGAUCUGCAUUACAAUUCCAGUGAUCGCAUCAACACUGUCUACUCGCUUCGCAAGAUGAAUUCCUCUCAUGAUAUCGUUUCCGCACGAUCGUCAACUACGCUUAAAAGCCCUCGAGGGAAUCUGUCGAGAAGUAGUAGGCCCAACAGCAAGAUGAUAUCAAAUAAUUUGCAUGAGACCAGUGUUCUUUCGACUUCAUCGUCCGAAGAAGAAGAUUCGGAGCCUGAUAUAGAGGACGACGAUGACUUUGCGCUUACACAUGGUAUCCGUGACAGCAUAGCUGUGUCGGAGAUUGAUGUGCAUCAUGUAGGGCGAGCCCAAGCACUACACGUGAAAUCGAUGAGGCAGACACCAGAAGGUGUGGUUUCUGGGCGUAGACCUUCGAUCGCUAGCCUCUCGUCAAACACAACGAACGCCGACUCAAACAGCAUCAAGUCUGCAGGCAACAGCCCGUCUUAUCUUUCCGUGCCCAACCGCACCCCAAGAAGCAGAAAACGUGGGCACAGUAGACAGCCAAGCUCUAUACCGGAAGAUAACGAUAUACCAUCUCAAGUUGCCCCUCCAAUCUCUCCUCCGGCAAGCAUGCGGAGUUUCAGCGCCCCUCAGAGUGAUGGGCGCAAGCUCAUGGCUGUAACUGAGGAAGAGGAGGCAUUGCUGGAAUUGAUGCGUCGCAAACGCGCAGACAAAGCAGCACAACGUGAUAGCGGCUUAACGUCGAUUAAGUCUUCUUCGACACGCUCACACCGACCAGUAAGCAACCUAAGCGGCACCUCUUCGAUCCUCGAUAGCUUCCCACUUUCGCGAUCACAGCGUUCGUCUCUUCUCGCGUCGCGUACUACGACUCAGCCUACUCCCGAACAGGCCAGCAUAGUCAAAGACGCUGAAAGAGGUCGGAAGCGGCAAUCAGUCGCAACAACCGCUACAGACAACACUUACUACUCUAUUGACUCGCGUUUAGAGUCUCCUACACGUCUUAAAUACGCAUUUACCCCUCAUCUCUCUCUGGCAUCCCUUGAUGUCAGCCUAUCCGGCCUUCCGUCCCUGUCUCUAGAUGGGACAGCAACCCCAAGCCCGGAACCACUGCCAAGUCCAACGACUCCGUUGACUAGGCAGGCUACCGCAGACGUCUUCAUUCGUGAGAAUGGCAGCAAGAGAAACAGUACCACCAGUUACGUAGACGGCGACCGAACACAUCUCAAUGAAGAACUUCUCCAUGGCAAGCUGCAGGAUAAGCUAAAAAGAAAGACGACAGGCACCAUUGCUCCUUCCACUUCGCCAGACGCCAAAGACUUGGGGAAAGCAAAGAAAAGCAUUGAAAGUCCAGCAUCGACUACUACAUCUGGUGACGAAGAAGCAUCCAGGGUUGGGUCUGAAGACAACUCGUCAUCUGGUUCAGUCGAGCGUGCCUCAACUGUAUCAAAGAACACGAGCGAUUGCAGCUCGACCUGCGCACACUACUCCUGUUCAGCUUAUCAACGCAGAAGCCUCGGUCAUAGCUCGGCACGAUGCAGUGUCAGCGAGGAUGUUCUGGCAGCCUGGGGCAGCCUCGGGGGGUGGAGAGAUCCAGGCAUCAUGGGAUGAAUCUAAAGACAGGCAUGAAUAUUCAACAUGCGCAAAGUCAUCAAGGGUUCAAUUUCCGGUCAAGAUGCCCCACGAUACACGAGGACGUCAGACUUUGGGCGUUUGAUUCCCCUCUUUGGUCUGUUGUUCCCUAAUGGAGAGAAUUGUCUUGUCGCGGCUAAAUGCAAAAACACACUACAUUCAUAUGUACUCCGUUGUUUCAGAAAAUGUCACCUGUUCAGCUUAUUUUACACGAGCUGCUUCAUUUCGGGAGGAAAAUGUCAAAUUCAUGAUACCACAAUAACAUUUUGUUUUGUCAGGCAUGUCUCGAGGGCGAGAUGACUCGCUCACUCCUUGGCGAGUACAGAGCACUUCGGCUAUGUAUCACUAGAAACUACAAAGCAGAGAAUGACAAGCUCAAUACUGUGACUACUUUUCCUUCCAGCUUCACAAUCGAGAACCAAAAUAAGCGAACUGGCGAACUGAGGGGUGAGCAUACUUUCGGGCGGCAACCCAUGAGAAGAAAUCACACGCACGUAGAACGAACAUGCAUAUUUGGACUUCGAGGAGAGCUGAACUUUGGCAAACAAGUGCCGUGAAACAAAUUUGAUGGAACGCGAAAUCAAG